AUGACCCUUCAGCCUGUGGACAUCAGAGGUCCCGUAAACCCCCAUGGGGGUGCCCCAACUGCCACGCCCCAGUCCACGCUCCUGCCAGGGACUGAAUCAGGAUUGGCCCUGAGGCUGGUGAAUGGAGGUGACAGGUGUGAGGGCCGGGUCGAGGUCCUGUACCGAGGCUCCUGGGGCACCGUGUGUGAUGACAGCUGGGACACCAACGACGCCAACGUGGUCUGCAGGCAGCUGGGCUGUGGCUGGGCCAUGUGGGCCCAAGGAAAUGCCCAGUAUGGUCAGGGCUCAGGGCCGAUCGUCCUGGAUAACGUGGGCUGCUCGGGGCAGGAGAGCUACCUGUGGAGCUGCCCUCACAAUGGCUGGAACACACACAACUGUGGACACAGCGAGGACGCCGGUGUCGUCUGCUCAGCUGCCAGGCCCCAGUCCACGCUCCUGCCAGGCUGGUGGACGCCCACAGCUCCUACCGAAGGAACUGAAUCAGGAUUGGCCCUGAGGCUGGUGAAUGGAGGUGACAGGUGUGAAGGCCGGGUCGAGGUCCUGUACCGAGGCUCCUGGGGCACAGUGUGUGAUGACAGCUGGGACACCAACGACGCCAACGUGGUCUGCAGGCAGCUGGGCUGUGGCUGGGCCACGUCGGCCCCUGGAAGUGCCCGGUACGGUCAGGGCUCAGGGCCGAUCGUCCUAGACGAUGUUCGCUGCAUGGGGCACGAGAGCUACCUGUGGAGCUGCCCUCACAAUGGCUGGAACACACACAACUGUGGACACAGCGAGGACGCCGGUGUCGUCUGCUCAGGUUGGUCUCACAUACGCUGGGUGUCCCUUUCUGGGGCUGCCAGGCCCCAGUCCACGCUCCUGCCAGGCUGGUGGACGCCCACAGCUCCUACCGAAGGAACUGAAUCAGGAUUGGCCCUGAGGCUGGUGAAUGGAGGUGACAGGUGUGAAGGCCGGGUCGAGGUCCUGUACCGAGGCUCCUGGGGCACAGUGUGUGAUGACAGCUGGGACACCAACGACGCCAACGUGGUCUGCAGGCAGCUGGGCUGUGGCUGGGCCACGUCGGCCCCUGGAAGUGCCCGGUACGGUCAGGGCUCAGGGCCGAUCGUCCUAGACGAUGUUCGCUGCAUGGGGCACGAGAGCUACCUGUGGAGCUGCCCUCACAAUGGCUGGAACACACACAACUGUGGACACAGCGAGGACGCCGGUGUCGUCUGCUCAGGAACUGAAUCAGGAUUGGCCCUGAGGCUGGUGAAUGGAGGUGACAGGUGUGAAGGCCGGGUCGAGGUCCUGUACCGAGGCUCCUGGGGCACAGUGUGUGAUGACAGCUGGGACACCAACGACGCCAACGUGGUCUGCAGGCAGCUGGGCUGUGGCUGGGCCACGUCGGCCCCUGGAAGUGCCCGGUACGGUCAGGGCUCAGGGCCGAUCGUCCUAGACGAUGUUCGCUGCAUGGGGCACGAGAGCUACCUGUGGAGCUGCCCUCACAAUGGCUGGAACACACACAACUGUGGACACAGCGAGGACGCCGGUGUCGUCUGCUCAGCUGCCAGGCCCCAGUCCACGCUCCUGCCAGACACCUUCUCUCUAAUCCUGCUUGCAUUUUCCCGUGUCCUUCCAGGAACUGAAUCAGGAUUGGCCCUGAGGCUGGUGAAUGGAGGUGACAGGUGUGAAGGCCGGGUCGAGGUCCUGUACCGAGGCUCCUGGGGCACAGUGUGUGAUGACAGCUGGGACACCAACGACGCCAACGUGGUCUGCAGGCAGCUGGGCUGUGGCUGGGCCACGUCGGCCCCUGGAAGUGCCCGGUACGGUCAGGGCUCAGGGCCGAUCGUCCUAGACGAUGUUCGCUGCAUGGGGCACGAGAGCUACCUGUGGAGCUGCCCUCACAAUGGCUGGAACACACACAACUGUGGACACAGCGAGGACGCCGGUGUCGUCUGCUCAGCUGCCAGGCCCCAGUCCACGCUCCUGCCAGGCUGGUGGACGCCCACAGCUCCUACCGAAGGAACUGAAUCAGGAUUGGCCCUGAGGCUGGUGAAUGGAGGUGACAGGUGUGAAGGCCGGGUCGAGGUCCUGUACCGAGGCUCCUGGGGCACAGUGUGUGAUGACAGCUGGGACACCAACGACGCCAACGUGGUCUGCAGGCAGCUGGGCUGUGGCUGGGCCACGUCGGCCCCUGGAAGUGCCCGGUACGGUCAGGGCUCAGGGCCGAUCGUCCUAGACGAUGUUCGCUGCAUGGGGCACGAGAGCUACCUGUGGAGCUGCCCUCACAAUGGCUGGAACACACACAACUGUGGACACAGCGAGGACGCCGGUGUCGUCUGCUCAGCUGCCAGGCCCCAGUCCACGCUCCUGCCAGGCUGGUGGACGCCCACAGCUCCUACCGAAGGAACUGAAUCAGGAUUGGCCCUGAGGCUGGUGAAUGGAGGUGACAGGUGUGCAGGCCGAGUCGAGGUCCUGUACCGAGGCUCCUGGGGCACAGUGUGUGAUGACAGCUGGGACACCAACGACGCCAACGUGGUCUGCAGGCAGCUGGGCUGUGGCUGGGCCACGUCGGCCCCUGGAAGUGCCCGGUACGGUCAGGGCUCAGGGCCGAUCGUCCUGGACGACGUGGGCUGCUCAGGGCAUGAGAGCUACCUGUGGAGCUGCCCUCACAACCCCUGGAACACACACAACUGUGGACACAGCGAGGACGCCGGUGUCGUCUGCUCAGCUGCCAGGCCCCAGUCCACGCUCCUGCCAGGCUGGUGGACGCCCACAGCUCCUACCGAAGGAACUGAAUCAGGAUUAGCCCUGAGGCUAGUGAAUGGAAGCGACAGGUGUGAGGGCCGGGUGGAGGUCCUGUACCAAGGCUCCUGGGGCACCGUGUGUGACGACAGCUGGGACACCAACGACGCCAACGUGGUCUGCAGGCAGCUGGGCUGUGGCUGGGCCAUGUCGGCCCCAGGAAAUGCCCGUUAUGGUCAGGGCUCAGGGCCGAUCGUCCUGGAUGACGUGGGCUGCUCGGGGCAUGAGAACUACCUGUGGAGCUGCCCUCACAACCCCUGGAACACACACAACUGUAGACACAGUGAGGAUGCCAGUGUCGUCUGCGCAGCUGCCAGGCCCCAGUCCACGCUCCUGCCAGGCUGGUGGACGCCCACAGCUCCUACCGAAGGAACUGAAUCAGGAUUGGCCCUGAGGCUGGUGAAUGGAGGUGACAGGUGUGAGGGCCGAGUCGAGGUCCUGUACCGAGGCUCCUGGGGCACAGUGUGUGAUGACAGCUGGGACACCAACGACGCCAACGUGGUCUGCAGGCAGCUGGGCUGUGGUUGGGCCACGUCGGCCCCUGGAAGUGCCCGGUACGGUCAGGGCUCAGGGCCGAUCGUCCUAGACGAUGUUCGCUGCAUGGGGCACGAGAGCUACCUGUGGAGCUGCCCUCACAAUGGCUGGAACACACACAACUGUGGACACAGCGAGGACGCCGGUGUCGUCUGCUCAGCUGCCAGGCCCCAGUCCACGCUCCUGCCAGGCUGGUGGACGCCCACAGCUCCUACCGAAGAAACUGAAUCAGGAUUGGCCCUGAGGCUGGUGAAUGGAGGUAACAGGUGUGAGGGCCGGGUCGAGGUCCUGUACCGAGGCUCCUGGGGCACCGUGUGUGAUGACAGCUGGGACACCAACGACGCCAACGUGGUCUGCAGGCAGCUGGGCUGUGGCUGGGCCAUGUCGGCCCCAGGAAAUGCCCGGUACGGUCAGGGCUCAGGGCCGAUCGUCCUGGAUAACGUGGGCUGCUCGGGGCAUGAGAGCUACCUGUGGAGCUGCCCUCACAAUGGCUGGAACACACACAACUGUGGACACAGUGAGGACGCCGGUGUCGUCUGCUCAGGCCCAGAAAUCUACUCUACUACCACAGGUGAGUCACUGCAGCGCAACCCAAGACUCCUCUCCGGAAUUCUACCCUCUCGGCCUGGCCAGCCUAAGAUUCGGAUCUCUGGUCAGUCCCUAGGCGAGGCUGCCCCCCCUCCCCCGUGUAGAUCCCACCCCUCCCCUUGGACACUACACCCCGGUCAGCGCUGGCUGGCUGGAGCCCGCUUCAUCUCGGAGCUCGCAAAUUAUUCCUGUGGAGGCUUCCUGUCCCAACCUUCAGGGAGCUUUUCCAGCCCAUUCUACCCUGGCAAGUAUCCGAACAAUGCCAAGUGCGUGUGGGACAUCGAAGUUCAGAACAACUACCGUGUGACUCUGGUCUUCAGAGACGUCCAGCUUGAAGGCGGCUGUAACUACGAUUAUAUUGAAGUGUUUGACGGCCCUUACCACAGCUCCCCUCUGCUCGCCCGGGUUUGUGAUGUGGCAAGGGGCUCCUUCACCUCGUCAUCCAACUUCAUGUCCAUUCGCUUCAUCAGCGACGGCAGCGUCAAGAUGAGAGGGUUCCAGGCUGAAUACUACUCCAGCCUUUCCCCUGGGAGCACAAAGCUGCUUUGCCUGCAGAAUCACAUGCGAGCCAGUGUGAGCGUGGGCUACCUCCAGUCCCUGGGCUACUCUGCCAGGGACCUUGUCAUUCCCGGCUGGAACAGGAACUACCGGUGUCGGCCCCAGAUUACUUCGAGCCAGGUGACCUUCACAGUUCCCUACUCUGGCUGUGGCACCAUCGAGCAGGUGGAUAAUGAUACCAUCACCUACUCCAACUCCCUCAAAGCAGCUGUUUCACGUGGCAUCAUCAAGAGGAGGAAGGACCUCAACAUUUACGUCAGCUGCAAAAUGCUCCAGAACACCUGGGUUAACACGAUGUACAUUGCUAAUGACACCCUCGAGGUCAAGAACAUACAAUACAGCAAUUUUGACAUGAACAUUUCCUUUUAUACAUCCUCUUCGUUCUUAUAUCCCGUGACCAGCAGCCCAUACUAUGUGGACCUGAACCAGGAUUUGUACCUUCAGGCUGAAAUCCUCCAUUCUAACGCCUCCCUGGCCUUAUUUGUGGACACCUGUGUGGCGUCACCAUCUCGCGAUGACUUUACAUCUUUGACUUAUGAUCUCAUCCGGAGUGGGUGUGUGAAGGAUGAAACCUACCGAUCCUACCACCAGCCCUCACCCAACGUCCUCCGCUUCAAGUUCAAUUCCUUCCACUUCCUGAGCCGCUUCCCCUCCGUGUACCUGAAGUGCAAGAUGGUCGUGUGCAGGGCAUACGAUGCCUCAUCCCGCUGCAGCAGAGGCUGCAUCGUGAGGGCCAAGAGGGGCGUGGGCUCCUACCAGGAGAAGGUGGAUGUCGCCCUGGGACCCAUCCAGCUGCAGGUCCCGCAUGCUGAGAAGAGGAGCCUGGACCGGACAGAGGUUGACCUGGAAGAGGAGGCCAGCGCCCAGGGGAGCUACCACAGCACCACCAUCCUUGCUGGGGUCUUCCUGGUCGUGCUCUUGGCUGUAGCAGCCUUCACAUUGGGGAGGAGUACCCGUGCUGCCCAUGGCCAGCGUCUGAGCUCUAGGAUGUGA